GUCCCCGUGCGGCCAGCGCCUCCUCCGGCUUCGCGGUAGCUCCGCUGUGCUGGGGUACGAACCUGGAGUCGGCCCGAAGACGUCGUGGGGUGCGCGCGUCCGCAGUCUGCCCGCAUGCCUGGGGGCUGUGCCCUCUCUGGCAAGGGGCCGCGAGGACUUGGUCUGGACGGUGCGCUCGGCCGGCGCUCAGACGCCUGCUCCCGGCUCCUGUCAGCCCCGGAACGGCCCGUGCCGCGGACGCUUUCGGUGCUAGUGGUUCCGAACGCUCCGCGGCUGAACGCGGAGAGUCAAGUGCGGGUCGCUGAGGGUGCGGACCCCUGGGCUUGAGACCGGGUGUUGGGACUCACGCUCGCCAGAGAAGCAGGAAGUUUGACGUGAUAAAACGGUGCAUUAAAGGAGUCCCAGAGGUCGACCCAGACGACGUGGGGAGGAGACCAGAUCCUUCCCAACGGCCUGUGGAAGGUGCUUGGAAGUGGAUUCCGAAGUUGCUUUUUUUGCGUAGACUGCCGGAGUGCACAGAGCUCUGAAGAACCUAUGGAAAUGGAUUGUUCAUCUAUAAAUUGGAGGCAUGACUUUGAGAUUUAGUUAGACCCAGCAAUAGCUUGGGCCUUCUGAAGUCUGAUGUCCCUGAACUCCAGUGACCGUUGGUGUGGACGGAGGACACAGGGCUCUGACCAUGGUUACGCUCAUCACUGAGAAGCUUCAGAGCCAGAGUCUGGAUGACCUCACCCGCCAAACCUGUGAGGCUAGCCCGUACUCUGCUGAGAAGGUGAACAAAAGUAGUCAUUUGUUCCCGGUGGAGAUCAAUGUAGACAAGAGCCCCUGGAAGGUCUUAAGUGGAGGACAGCUGGUUGGAAGCCAGGUGGCUGUGGCCCCCACCUUCCCCUUCCCACUGGGCCCAGCUGGUACAGCCCACUCCAUGGGGCCCCAGUGGCGUCCUAUGGUGCCAGGCUCAUGUGCAGGCCUGGGCACGCUCAGCACCUUGGACCUUGGUGAGAAUACAGGGUCACCUGCGGCACCACCUACCAAACGACAUUGCCGGUCCCUGUCGGAGCCUGAGGAGCUGGCUCGCUGCCGGUCCCCAUGGCGCCCUGGUGGCUCCAAAGUCUGGACCCCAGUUUCCAAGAGGCGAUGCAAUAGUGGCGGGAGUGCCACGCUGCAACGUGCCGUCGGCCAUGGGAGUGUCACCUUGCCAGGAAGCCCAGGCACCAGCAAGCAGCAGAAUGCUGGAUCACUGGCUGGCCCUACCUCACCCCCGGAGCCCCGGCCAGCCUCAGCCAGCAGUGGCUUUGUGGACAGCAGCGACGGCAGCAUGGGCUCAGGCCUGCCCUGGUGUCCCACGGGACCUGGCCCGCUCUCCUCAAGGCGCCGUCUGUCCCUCUCACAGGAGCACCUUGUAGAUGCCAGCACACCUCUGCCCUCCACCAGCAGCACCCCCACGUCAACACCUGAGCUGGGUCGGCGCCACGGCCUGCUCCGGUGCCGCUCACAGCCCUGUGUGCUUGACAGGAAGAGGAGCCGGCGCAAGCGGAGGCGUGAGGAGGAUGCCAGGUGGACGCGCCCAUCUUUGGACUUUCUAAAAAUGACUCGGACUUUAAAAAAUUCAAAAAGCCUUUGCUCCCUCGAUUACGAAGAUGACGAUGAGGAAGACACCCAAGUGAAGACAGUUGUGUCCUCCCCGUGCGACUCACAGGGCUUUGUGGGCAUCGGCUUGCCCAGCUCCAGUCCUAGGGGUGUGCAGGCUAAGCCCUGCACAGCCAGCCCCAGCCCCAGCCCGUGGGCGUCCAGGGAACGGGUGACUGCCGAUGGUGAAGGUGGGAGCAGUGGGGACCCCAGUGACUGGGACAGUGCUGGGGAGGAGGGCAUCUUCCCCUUGGACUGUGGUGACCUGGAUCUGGAACAGAUUGAGGACAACUGACUCUCAGGCAGCCCUGACCAGGUCUGAGGGGCUGUGCCUGCGUCUGCUCUCAUGCACAGACAGGACACAGGUGGCGUGGUAUUUUGAACAUUGAAGCGUAAUUUUGAUUCAAUUUUUCCUAAAGAAGUAUUUUGCAUUUUUAUGGCUUUUACAGUUCUGGAGAAAGCAUCUAUUUUGAAAUGAAUUUUAGAAGGGCAUUCUAUUAAACAUGAGUCUGCACAAAGAUUCCAGCGCGGGCUCAUGCUCCUUUUGUAAAGAGCCUUCUGUGAAGAGCGCCUUGCGUGGCUUAGUUGCUAGGAAACCUCGGGUACGGGGGUCUGGGCCCCUCCAGGGCCCGGAGGGCCACCGCUCCCUCCGGAGAGGGUCACAGGCCCAGGGCCUGUGUCCGUGGGCAUCUUGUACCCUUGGGUUCUGCCCUCUUGGGCUGGAGAAAUGCUAGUUUGUGGCUCCUGGUUUUCCAGCCCAGCGCUGCCGUUUGCAACAGGGCUGAGUUCGAGCUCCUGCCACGGGCCUGUGCCUUCUGUGGCCGAGAGCCUUUGCUCUCGGAGACACCGUCCUGGAGGGGGUCCUCAUGGCAGUACCAGUCGGCACUUCUGUAAAAUCAAUAAAAAGCAUUUGC